UCCCUGCGGCGCUCCCCGGGCGCUCUCCCACCAGUCCCCCACGUGAGAGUGUCGCGAGCAGACGAUGGCCCUGGAAAAUGGUAUUGAAUCUGGGCCUGGCACUGAGAAUGAAGAAAGUACAGCUGCCAGAGACGUAGUAGAGGAAAGCAAGUUGAAAGGUGGAGUGAGGGAGAGCCAGGAGACGACGGCAAAGGUUAAUGAUUGUGAAGCUGGGGAUGGCUUUGAAAAGGCAGAGACAGAGACACAAGAAAAGUCAGGGGGAAACACUGAUUGUAAAAUUGUAGCAAAGUGUGAUGAUGAUGAGGAUGAUGAUGAUAAGGUUCAAGAUGAUAAAGAAAAGGAUGACAAAAACAAGGAAGAAAAGGAUGGCUCUUUAUCACAAGAAUAUGGGUUUACAGUCAAGAUUCGGCCCCCUACUGGAGAUCAAUUUGAAAUCCAGGUGAGCAGCAUGGAACUGGUGUAUGAGAUCCACCAGCUCCUGAUGGAUCGUGAGGAUACCUGCCACCGCACCUGCUUCUCACUGCAUUUAAAUGGCCAAACUCUGGAUAACUUUGCUGAGCUAAAAAAUGUUGAGGGUCUUAAGGAAGGGUCAGUGAUAAAGGUUCAAGAAGAUCCUUACACAGUAAGAGAGGCCAGAAUUCACGUUCGUCAUGUACGAGAUUUACUGAAGUCUUUGGAUCCCAUAGAUGCCUACAAUGGUGUCGACUGUGCCUCUUUAGCUUUUCUUAAUGCUGUCACUCAGGGAGAUAUUUUGGAAAAAAAGAAAACUCCAGUAGAAUCGGUGGACUGUACGCCGCCAAAAUAUAUCUUGCCAGGCUGCAAAGAUCAUCCCCUCACCCCUCUGCAACCUUUUGCUAAGGAACAGAAAACUCCACAGUGCCUGAAGGUACUUACAAUGAGUGGGUGGAACCCUCCUCCUGGCCCUCGUAAACUGCAUGGUGAUCUCCUUUACCUGUAUGUGGUAACAUUAGAAGGAAAACAUUUUCACAUUACUGGUUCCACAUGGGGAUUUUACCUAAAUCAAAUAACAGAGGAGGAGUUCAACCCCAAACCAGCAAACCCUUGCUAUCUGUGCCACUCGCUCAUUGAUCUUCUCAGCUUGUUGUCUAAUGCUUUUAAGCGCAAUUUUUCAAACUUGCAAAAAAAGCGAACAUCCAGACAUCCCUUUGAGAGAGUGCCUACCUCUUACCAAGUAUAUUCAUGGGUAUCUCCUUCCUUGGAUCAUGGUAUUGAUGCUCUUCGGGCAGAAGAUGCUUUCAGUAGCAAGUUGGGUUAUGAGGAGCACAUCCCUGGUCAGACAAGAGAUUGGAACGAAGAGCUGCAGACAACCAGGGAACUUGCUCGUCGCACACUACCAGAGCGUCUGUUGAGGGAACGGGCCAUCUUCAAGGUACACAGCGACUUCGUUGCAGCAGCAACAAGAGGUGCCAUGGCUGUUAUCGAUGGCAAUGUGAUGGCCAUUAAUCCAGGGGAAGAUCCCAAGAUGCAGAUGUAUAUAUGGAACAAUAUUUUUUUCAGUCUUGGUUUUGAUGUUAGAGAUCACUAUAAAGAAGUGGGUGGAGAUGCAGCAGCUCAUGUGGCACCACGCAAUGAUUUGCAAGGUGUGCGUGUCUAUAGUGCAGCCGAUUUAGAAGGCCUGUACACCUUGGGGACGGUUGUUGUAGAUUACCGUGGAUAUCGUGUAACUGCUCAGUCCAUCAUCCCUGGCAUUCUUGAGCGUGAACAAGAACAGUCUGUUGUUUAUGGCUCGAUUGAUUUUGGCAAAACUGUAGUUACUCAUCCAAAGUAUAUGGACUUGCUGCAGAAAGCUGGUCAGCAGUUGAAGAUACUUCCACAUAAAGUUCUGAAUGAAAAGGGUGAAGAGAUUGAGCUGUGCUCAUCGGUAGAAUGCAAGGGAAUCAUUGGCAAUGAUAGUCGUCACUACAUCCUUGACCUUUUACGCACGUUCCCUCCAGACGUUAAUUUCUUGGUUUCGGAUGAUAUUAAUUUAAGUGCAGCUUCACGAGAAAUGGGUUUCCCUAUUGCUCACAAGCACAAGUUAGCUACCCUGAGGCAGGAAUUAGUUGAUGCCUUUGUGGAUAAUCGCUAUGUGAUGUUCCUGAAGUUUGCUGCACUUCACCUUCAGCAACUUAGUAAUAAGAAGAAAGAGGCCAACAGACUUGCUGCAGUUAAAGAAAAGGAAGAAAAUGAAAAAGAGAAGGAAAAAGAAGAAAAUGAUAAAGGUAAAGAUAACAAAGACAUAGAGGCUGAGGAAGCAAAGAAAAUCGUUGAGAAUGUGACCGAGAGCAUUGCUGCCGAGAAACAGGUAGAGGAAAAUACAAAGGAUAUUAUUAAAAAAGCUGCUGCAGCUGUAGGAUCCUUGAAAGAGGCUGACUUUGAAGUGAAAUUUAAUUUGGAUGCUUUUUCUCCAGGGAUUUUGCAUGUUGAUCCUCAAGGUGAAAUGCUGAAGAAAGAAAGACAAUUGAUAUGCGAUGCUGCAGGAUUUUUAGUGAGUGUGCAGUUGCCCAGCCUCGUCCAUGAUCUAAAGGACCAUACUUCGGCUCCUACUGAUGGCACUACUUUAUGUGAGGCCCUACAUACACGAGGUGUAAACAUCCGAUACUUGGGGAAAGUUGCUGAUCUCCUGGCCAAAGUUCCUGGGUUGGAUUAUGUAUAUACCAUUGCUGUAGGGGAACUCAUUGCGCGGUCUGUCAAACAUAUUUUUACAAAUUACCUUCAGUGUGUUGAAACUAUUUGUUUAUCAUCUGCUGUUGCCCACUUUCUUAAUUGUUAUCUCUCAUCUUGUAUCAGUCCACACGCAUCUAACAAAAAUGAUGAGCUUCUCUCAAAGAAGAAAAGAAAGAAACACCCAUUUAAUAACAACAGCACCUCACAAUGGGCAGCGUAUUCGCCAAAAUCCCUCUGGACUCGCAUUAAAUUGGAACUGAAAGAAUAUUAUGAUUGGACCUUGGAAACUGACACAGUAGAUAGCACGAUUCAGAAGUACGGACUUCAGAAAAUUGCUCUUAUGAGAACUUUUUGUAUGAAAUCAGGUGUUCAAAUACUACUUCGUGAUUACAACUUUGACACCAAAUCUCAAGAAAGUUUCCAUGAGCAAGACAUUGUAAACUUAUUUCCAAUUGUAAAGCAUAUCAAUCCCCGAGCUACUGAUGCUUUCAACUUGUAUACAGCUGGUCAGAGCAAGACGCAACAAGGAUUCUUGAAAGAUGGUUAUGACCUCAUCAAUGAAGCUUUGAACCUCUUAAAUAACGUGUAUGGAGCUAUGCAUCCAGAAAUAGCACAGUGCCUUCGUAUGUUAGCUCGCUUAAAUUAUAUCAUGGGUGAAUAUGUGGAGGCCAUGUCUUUCCAACAGAAAGCAGUACUUAUGAGUGAGAGGGUGAAUGGCAUAGAUCAUCCAUACACCAUCACAGAAUAUUCCCAUCUGGCACUGUAUUGCUUUGCCAACCAACAGGUGAGUGUAGCUCUAAAACUGUUGUACCGCGCUCGCUAUCUGCUCUUGUUAAUCCACGGUGAAGUUCACCCAGAAAUGGCAUUGAUUGAUUCUAAUAUUGGCUUGAUUCUCCAUGCUGUAGGCCAAUAUAAUCUCUCUCUCCAGUUCUUGGAAAAGUCUCUGGAACUCUCUAUCAAAUUUUACGGUGAAAGAAGUUUAAAAGUUGCUCUCGGUUACCACCUUGUUGCACGGACACAAAGUUGCAUGGGCGAUUUCAGAGGUGCUCUAAAAAAUGAAAAGGAGACUUUCACCAUAUACAAGACUGAACUUGGACCAGAGCACGAGAAGACAAAAGAAGCGGACGAGUGUUUGCGUCACCUGACUCAGCAGGCAGUUGUCAUGGCAAAAAAAAUUAGUGAAGCAUUUAAUGGUCGCAGUACUCUUGGUCUCCCACCAAUUCAGAUUCAACCACCCUCCAUGAGCAGUGUGUUAGAACUUCUCAAUAUCAUCAAUGGUAUUCUCUAUGUUCAGAUCACUCCUGAAGAAAUUGAGCGUGUACGUGCAGAGUUGGAGAAGGGUCAAGCAAAAGCAUUGAAAGAAAAAAAUACGACUGAAACUCUAUGUGGAAAUGACAAAAAUGGGGAAAGUGAUGGAAAAUGUGAAGAGAGUGAUACAAAAAGUGAAGAGAGUGACACAAAGAGUGAGAAAUGUGCAACAAAGGAUGAGAAGAAAUGUGAGGAGAGGGAGACAAAGAGUGAAGAAAGUGAUGCCAGAAGUGAAGAAGAUGAAAGUGUGAAGGCAAAUGAGGAAGUUGAUGUAAAAAGCGAAGAGGAGGAAGAAGCGGCAAGCAGGUGAAAAUUAAAUGUAAUAAAUUUGUUUAUCAAGUUAUUAUUCACUCUUUGAAUUAUGCAUAAUUUUACUGUUGAAAAAGAGGGCUGCAAAAGCACAAUUUGGUUGAAUUAACUAGCUCAAAAACAAUGACCUCUUGUACACACAGCUGCUUCAUGCAACGUACCAAUGCCUCAUGACAGUUCCUUAGUGUGUGGAGGUAGGCUGUGAUUGAAUUCACAGCAGAACAGACGGUUCACGUCAAACGUAGUCAAAUGUUGUAGUUCAUAUAUUAAGUUUUUAUUUUGUAUGAAGCCUAGUUUUGUAUACAUACUUAGCUGCAAUUGAUGUAAUAUAGUAGUAUUGGUACUUUAUGGUCUUGUUUGGUCGAGAUGAUAGAAAUGGGUGACAUUCCACUGUACAGUAUGAGCCAGUAUAUGCAAGAUAUUGGACAGGUGUUUGGGUAUGCCUACAUUGCCUGUUCAACAUCAUGCAAUAUUUAUGAAACUCAGAUAUGUUUUCAUUCUUUUAUACAACCAUUUUGUCAUUAAACCCAUUGUUACUUUUGUUGAGGAUAGCUUUUUAUAUUUGGUCUACACGGGUUGUUAGAAGUUCGCAGUUUUCACACAUUUAAAUAUAUUAUUAAAUUUCUAAAUUGUUUAGUUUUGCAUUGUAAAUGUUUUCUUUAUGCAAAACACUUUCAAAUACUUUCCUCCUUAACCAUGUAAGUCAUUGGUACCGACUUUCAGGCAUUGUGGUUGAAGGUCUCGAUGUUUCUCUGGUGCUAAAACUGAAUUAUUUUUUAAUGAAAUGUUUGUGCAAUAAUUUGUCCUUAAAAUGACUGGCAUGUAAUUAUUGUAAAUAAUUUAGCUGGCUUUUGACUGAAAAUUUUAUUAAAGAAGUUAAAUGAGAGUAACUAGUGUGACUGCUAAUCUCCACUGUUAAGCACAACCCAUGGCUACUGUGUUUUGUAUAUCAAAGUGGUAAUAUUCAGUUAUAAAAAAAAUUUAGUACAAAUUGAGUGCUUCAUAAGAGUUUGUUAGUGGUAUUAAGAGCAGGGUGCAGCAUGUUGAGGAUUCUUGUACAAGAACUUUCAGAAUGUUUUGGCCAAACUGGUGAAACCACUGGAAGGAUGUUCUGGUCUUGUCUGUAGACCUGAAGAGUUUGAACUUAUCAUUGCAGAUAUAAUCACUGCUUUGUUGGGUCAUGUCUAACUGCAUUUAAUCAAAAAUUGUAAUUGUUUUUUUUUUACAUAAUAAAUUUGUAUAUAUAUGUGUACAUACACUUGCCUUAAAUUCUCAUUUAAAGUGAGGUUGGUAAGUGAGGGUAAAGACAAGGUGAAGGGUCCUUAAUUUCCUGCAGCUUUUAGAGUGCCUUGUUGUAUUUUGAGUUGCAGGAAAAUUGUGCUUAAAGCAGUGAAUUAUCACUUUAAGCUUCCUUUCUAAAAAUUGAUUAAGCUGUACGAUAAUGUUGUAUAAAGAGCUUCGUGCUCCUGUAAUAAAGAACUGUAGAUAAUAAACAUUGUUAAUA